GUUCCUGUGAGUCAGUAGUAUCCUAUGAAGUUUGUGAAGCUGCACGUGAGUCUGUUACAGAGCUGGGAGAAAGAUCUUAUUCACGUAAACGUCAUCAAGUUCUAAUAGAUAAAGAAUGGUACCUAUUAAAUCUAUGCAUCCAAGAAACCGUUAUAAAGACAAACCUCCAGAUUUUGCUGUAUUGGCUUCUAAAUACCCUGAAUUUAGACAGCAUGUAAAUAUAACUCUUGCUGGGAAAGUAAGCUUGAACUUUAAGGACCCUGAAGCUGUCAGGGCAUUGACCUGUACACUAUUAAAAGAAGAUUUUGGUUUAACCAUUGACAUCCCUCUAGAGAGACUCAUUCCUACUGUUCCACUGAGGCUGAACUAUAUCCAUUGGGUUGAAGAUCUAAUUAACUUUCAUGAUUCAGACAAAACCACACCCCGACGUGGGAUUGAUAUAGGUACAGGAGCAUCAUGCAUUUAUCCAUUGUUAGGGGCUACACUGAAUGGCUGGUAUUUCCUUGCUACAGAGGUAGAUGACAUCUGCUUUAAUUACGCCAAGAAAAAUGUGGAACAAAAUAACUUGUCAGAUCUCAUAAAAGUGGCCAAGGUACCUCAGAAAACACUCCUGAUGGAUGCCUUAAAAGAAGAAUCAGAGAUCAUUUACGAUUUUUGUAUGUGUAAUCCGCCUUUCUUUGCUAACCAGUUGGAAGCUAAGGGAGUAAAUUCCCGUAAUCCUCGAAGGCCGCCACCGAGCUCUGUAAAUACUGGUGGCAUUACAGAGAUCAUGGCCGAGGGAGGGGAGUUAGAAUUUGUGAAAAUAAUUAUUCAUGAUAGUCUUCAGCUGAAGAAAAGAUUAAGAUGGUACACCUGCAUGCUGGGUAAAAAAUGCAGUUUGGCACCUUUGAAGGAAGAAUUACGAAUUCAAGGCGUUCCUAAAGUUGCUCAUACAGAAUUUUAUCAGGGACGCACAAUGCGUUGGGCUCUGGCAUGGAGUUUUUACGAUGAUGUUGUCAUCCCGGGCCUUCAGCAUGUAUUCCAAGAUCCAAGACUUCCCGACGGGGCACCUCCAAAAAAAAGAAAGAUUGAAAAGCCACGCAAGCCCGUAAUGUUCACUGUACUGGAAUCAACUAUAAAGUUAUUAGCAGUGAAAUCUCCGUCCACCAUUGAAGUUUCAAAAGCCAUGGUUGUGGUUACAGAGUGGAUAAAAAAGAUACUUACAGAUUUAAAGGUUCAGCAUAAACCUGUACCCUGUGAGAAGGAAGAAGAAUGUCUAUUCCUUACAGCAAUUGAGAACUCCUGGGUUCAUAUACGCAGGAAGAAAAGGGACCGCAUGAGGCAACUCAGGGAGCUACCUCGAGCAGCUGAUAACUUUGUUCAGACUAGUAAAGAGCAAAAAGCAAUUCACAAAGAGACUUCAAAGCAAGAUGUUCAAACUCCAGAAGAUGUGUCUGCUCCCCAUGACUCUCAGAACAGCAGACAUACAUCAGUCCCCUUUAACCAUAGUACUACCGGGUCACAUUCCCAAACUGAAGAAAUCAACUCUGAAACCAUAGAAGUUGAUGACAUAUCAAGGCCAGCAGAGGGCACUGUGCACAAUAAAACUGACGAAGCGCAUGACUUCAACAAUGAUAUGAAACCUGACACUGAACAAGAGGCACCGGCAACCCAGCACAGGGAAUCUCCUUUUCUUUUUAAGUGUUUGAUGCAGGUGAAAAAUCAAGUUGGGGAUGCGUUGGUUGAGAUGCACUGGGUAGAAGGCCAGAAUAGAGACCUGAUGAACCAACUUUGCACAUAUUUACGCAAUCAGAUUUUUAGGCUUGCUACAAGCUAGUCUUUCUGAAACUGAUGUCCCCAAAAAAAAUGUUUGUGAUACAUUCUGAAAUGUUCUCAUAUUGGAUAAAGAGUUCUGUUUAAGUCCACUAGUUAAUUAUUUUUUAUUAUUUAGAUUGUUUGCACACAUAGAUUUAGUUUUAUUUGUAUUAUAAAAAAAUUAAAAUAAUAUGCCCCUAAGUUAACAAAUAAACAUUCAUUUCUUUGAUUCUUA